AUGUCCAACUCAACCCCUUUGCCAUCAGUUAAAACGAAGGCAACCCCUGGGCCGGCUUCAAAUGGCUUAGGGAGAGGGCUCUUUGCGUACACAGACAUUCGCACAUGCGAUGAUAUCUUGCACAUCCAGGAUCCGUUCGUCGCGGUCUUGAAAACUGAGCGACUCCAAGAUACCUGCUCUGGAUGUUUUGGUAAGAGACAUUUUGACAGUUACAGCGGGCAGGAGGUCUCUUUGAAAGCCUGCACAGGAUGCCAUGUUGUGAAGUACUGUGACAAGUCUUGUCAAUCAAAGGAUUGGAAACUGACCCAUUCUCGCGAAUGCGUUAUUUUCAGAAACCUGAAGCCAAAGGUUUUGCCAGUUAAUGCGAGAGCGCUUUUGCGUAUGGUGCUGCGCACUGAGGCGAGGAAGAACGCGUACACAGAGGAGGAACUAGUGCUGUUUCAAACUCUUGAAACUCACAUUGACGACAUACUCAAUAGAAACGCGCCGCAGGCGGAACGCAUUGCUCUCACUUCGAGGGCUGUAAAGGAGUAUUCGAAGACGGAUAUGGAGGAAGAGAAGAUAGUUGCUUAUCACGCAAGGCUUGAUUUGAAUUCCUUUAACCUGACCAAUGACGAUGACAUUGGUAUAUACCUACAUCCCUAUGCAGCUCUGAUCAACCACAGCUGCGACUACAAUGCCGUGGUUGGAUUUGACGGCUCCGAAAUCUUCGUGAAAGCAAUCCGCCCAAUUGCCACAGGCGAGCAGAUCUUCAUAUCCUACAUUGACACCACAUAUCCAACCCGUAUCCGGCAGAAAGAGCUGCAGGAGAGAUACUUUUUCACCUGCAAUUGCGCGAAGUGCUUAUGCGCGAAGGACCCAGAGCCAACUGGCGAAGCAGGCGCUGCUGCAAGAGAAGCCUAUGCGCUCCUAGAAGAGUCUCGGGCUAGCUCCUGCGUCACGGAUGAGCAGAAACUUGUAGAUGUCACCAAAUCUCUGCUCUCGCACGACCUGCCAAAAACCAAACAACCCUUCAUCUCAAUCCUAGACGAAAAGAUUGUCUCUGAUAUCUCCACAGGAAAAUUCGACCAAGCCUUCUUCAACUCCGCACUCAGGGUCACUCGCAUUGAUCCCCAAGUUUAUCCCUAUGAAGCACAUCCUUUACGCGCAAGUCAUGCGCUGACAUUAGCAAAACUUGCGUUGUAUUCAUACCAGUCUUCCUGUCAACUUUCGAGCUAUGAGAAGAAUAGUCUGGGUGUCGAGGGACCACAGAAGAAGUCCCAGCUGCAUUUCGGCUUGCUUGCUUGGGCCCUAUUUAGCGACCUUGUUGCGAAGGAAGGGGAGUAUUGUACGGUCCCAGGGUUUAAGGAACGGGUUCGUAAUGGCUUCGCCGAGGUAGAGAAGUGGCUCAUGAGCCAGGGGAUAGAUCCAGGACGCAUGGAGAAGGAAAUAAAACGGGAACGGAGGAAGCUUGCGAUGCUUGUGGAUAAGCUCCACAUGCUGCCUGUUCGGUGA